AUGUUUUUGAUCUGGAGUGAGGGCUUUGGAACAGAGAGAGAUAGCAUCGAGCUAGCGUUGUUCUUCACUCGAUCGCAACACUAUUAUAACACUGCGGAGGUGUCUGUCGCGGCAUGGAAGGCCAAAUCAGUUCUCAAAACAGUGUUAGAGGCUAGGAUGCUUUGA